AUGAAACUCUAUCCUCGCCCCUCACUUUUCAUACUCGCAGUUAUCUUGGCUGUCACCCAAUCCGGCACAUCCCAGCCUAUUCGAACUAGCAAAUGGGUCAAAAUAGCACAAUUCCCAGAUCCCAAUUCUCAUGGAACAUGGAAGGUCUUCGAGAAGGAAUCAUUUGAUAAGUUACCUGAUCCACCACAUGUGACUUAUAGUCAGAACUCAGCAUGGCAAUCCAACCAAAACAACGAAUCUACAGAAGAGGUACCAAGUUAUCACUACGCCACAGGGACAUCGGAAUCAGGCAAACCAACAGUGUCCGUUUUGAUCCCUCCGUCCUCAGAGACAAUCCCUGAGAGCAAACCUUACGACCAACAUAUCAAAAACGAACACGAUCACUACUCUUUAAGCCAGAAAGAGCGCUCAAUCAACGCAAUCAACGCAAUUGCUGCUCAGAGACAAAGUCACUAUAGCAAGCUCCUAAAGUCCUUGCACGCCAAACACGCCUCAAACAAUAUGGACCAACACACCACGCCCUCAUCAUCUUCUUCCUCGCCAUAUUCUCGCCAUUUGACAUCUUUCUUUGCCUAUCGCUUCUCUUUACCUGUCGAAGGAUCAGAUAUUGAGGCAUUCUCCGAGAAUCAAAUCCCAGGGAUCUUUGCAACAGUGACGAUCCUCUUGAUGGUGGUUUGGAUCUCUAUUUUUAUCAUUGGAUUGGUUGAACUGGGGAACUAUCUUUGGAAACGGAUGGGUUCCACUUCGGAUGCUGAGGCUACCCAAGAUGGCAAUGAUGAGGAGGGGAGUAUGGUCCUGGAUGAAACGACGAAGAUGCCGUUGAGAGGAAUUGCUCUUGUUCCUUCAGAAGAGUCUCGGGCGCAAUCCGUGACAGAGCAUGGGUAUACAUUCCUCGACUUGGCUCCUAGCGAUUCUGAUUCGGACUCGGUUUCGGAAUCUGAUGAGGAAGACUAUCGCAUCUUUUGA